UUUACUCUUUGUUUGCGUAUGGUGAGUUACACGUCACACUCGUACAAGCAUCUGCCACUUCAUUGGAACAGGAAAAAACGAAAGUGACGAUGGGCUCAAUAUGGUCUCAUGGUACCAGCAUAGAGGAAGUAGAUGGUCCAGACGUAUCUAAAUUAGAUAGAAAAAUUAAGAUGAUAUGGAGACAAGAUCGAAUUCGCAUUACCAAACAAGACAACGGACAGGUAGGAAGCAAUUUCAAUGGCUGGCGAAAACCUGUUUCGAAAUUUGCUCGAAAUGAAGGCAUACUUGCUGAACACCUUCGAGAGAACGUUUACACAGGAGAAUACGAUAUAUCCGACGGGCUUUGGCAGAAAUCCUGCGGAGUUGUAGAUGAAAUAACGCGAUUCUUUCAUGUAACACUGAAGAAAAACACUUCAAGGUAUUAUCCUUGCAUCAGUUUUGGAGAUUUUGUGAAGCAGGGUAGCUCUCGGGAGGGUUUGAAAAUUGGACAACCCGACGAGUUUGAUAUGGUUCUUCCAUUCACCAUUGAAGGAGUUGAUUUACACGCUGUUCCAGCUCUCGAUAAAAACGGAGAGCUUAUUCCGGCACACAUGAAACUACAGAUUUCAGAUUACGCACAGAUUCAGAAUGUCAAGAAAGGAAUCCUGUACCAAUCGCUAAGAAAGAACGGCGUUUUUGAAACGUGUGGCUCUGAUCUAUUUCUUAACGCAAUGUGCUUCCAGACGCGGGUUAUAUCAUCCAUCAUGGAAACCACCAUAGCAGAGAUACAGAAAAAAAUCGACGCAAAGAACAGGAAUCAAGCUUGCUCUUUUACUCUCAGUAAAACCAGCGUGUUUCCUCCCACGUUUAGAUUCAAAAUAAAAAUUAAAAGUGAUGAUGAUUUUGAUGAGCUCUCAUAUGGUCAAAAUUUAUUCUGUCAAUUUGAAAGUCGCAGCGCUGCAGCUGCAACUCCAGUCUGGAACGCCUCGUACAAAGUAAUUGAAUUCGAUAUUGUGCCGGGGCUGCUACUACAAACCGAUUCUGUCCCUAAUCCAGACAGCUGGUGGUUUUCAAUGACAUGUAACAGAUACGCCGUCAUGAAGUGGAUCCACAAAGGACGUUACGCAGAUGAUUAUCCUGAGCCGAAUCUGCUUUGGAGGGAAAGCUCAUGUGGGUACGAGAAGCAUAUAAUCGAUGCCAGUAGUAUGAACCAAAGUGACGUCUACAUCCUGACAGCUUGUAGGAUAUUAAAGGCCUACUUAGACGGCUUGGGAAACUCCUCACAGCUAUGUAGUCUUCUAACAUCAUACCAUAUCAAGAACAUUGCGAUCCACUGUAUUCUUCUUCAGCUGCACGCUUCUGGCGUCAGGGUGGCUUUGGGAUACCUAAUUGCGUUCCUGGAGAUAGGUCUUAAAAUGGAGUUCUUGCCACAUUAUUUCUACGGAAAUCCUUACAUUUCCAGCAUGUUUCCGACAUUAUCAGCCAACGCCAACCAGAGACGUCUCAACCUGUUUAGAAACAUUCCUCAUGACCACUUUGCACAAGCCAUACUUUCACUGAGGCGGAUGAAAGCCGAUUUAUACGGCUUGUUCACCGAAUGUAGUUACCUUGGUAACCAUCAGAGCAUCGAUUCCUUUCGGAAACUCUGCACUCUGUAUGAUGAAGACACAAGUGGCAGAUGCCUGCUGAUGUAAGUCUUAACUGAUGCAGACAUUGAUUGGUAGCCAUGCUCAUCAGAUAGGGAAAGAUGGCUUUUGGACAAGGAAGUGUGCAUGAGCAUGAACAACUGAUGAAGUUGAUUCCUAUUGAACAAGGGGACAAAACUAAAAAUUGUAAUGUAUAUUGCUACACGUGACUUAUUACUACAAAUGUAAAUGUAUGUGAUUGUUUAUUGUAGUAUUAUUUCACUAGCAUGGGGGUAUAUUGUAGAAUAAUUAUAACAGUAGAUGGUGUAUUGUUUAAUUCAACUUGCAGAUUAUACAUUGUUGUAUACCUUUACUAGUAGGUGUAACAUUGUCAUAUCGUUUUGCCAGUUGAUGGUACAUUGUAUCUUCUCCCAUCUCUUGGUAUGAAAGACACACGUGCAUCAUGUGGAACAUCACAAUGCAUGGGUGCACUCACUGACCUGUACUUUUAUGACGUCACAAUGAGAUAACGGGAUGUUGCUAUGACGUCACAAUUGAAAGUGCGUCAAAAUAACGUUUGACUGACUGGCAAUCCUGCCGUUUGCAAGUGACAACACCCUCAAGACAAUAUUUUGUGUAAAGGCUUGCCCUGUUUGUCAUUCCACGGAUGUUUUAAUGGUAUACUUAUGGUAUACCGUACUUUUUCUGCUCUUUCAAAAUACAGUUUGUGUAAUCGUUAUUUUGUAACUUUGCCAUAUUUAGUGUUUUCUAUGUACAGUUUUGCCAAACUUUCGGUUAGAACGUGGAAGAAAAAGCGGCAAUUGUUAUGUAUGUAUGAGGGAUAUGGAUAAUCGACCUUUUGGAGCAGAAUUCCGUAUAAGAACCUCAGCAAAUCUUCGGUUCUGACCCAUCUUCUAUACCUUUAGGUAGGAUAUCAAUAUCCCACACACUUAUAUAUGAUAAACUCUGUUAAUCAUUUUACAAUCAAAUGUUAUAUUAUAAACACUAGUAGGUGGUAUGUUAUGGUACCGUUAUACUGGUUGAUGAUAUAUAUUGUAUUAUAACUUUACUAGUAGGGGUAUUGUGAAUAUAGUGUUGCCAAUAUAUGGAGUAUUGUAUGAUUUUACAAAUAAAUAGUGUAUUGUAUAAUUUUAUAAAUAGAAAGUGUAUAGUAGUUUACCUCACUAUCAUGCACAUAAAUAGGAUAGAAAUGCCACAACCAAAGGAACAUGUUUAUGUACAAACAAAUAAUGUACACAAAAAUGUGAUCUAUCGCUCCUAACUGUACAUAACUUACAUAUGAUGUUCUUACAUAGCUUACCGAUUUCUUUGAUAGAGAUGUUUAGUUGCCAUCUUGUGACAAAAUAUCAAUUUCUUUAGUUCUGACCCAAUUUUGGAAUUGGUCAUGCUAUUUGGAACAGCGCAUCACGGAUUUGUUAAUACUGAAAGUAUUUAACUUGGAAAGAUUAUUUAUAUGACCACAAUAAAUGAAGAUCAAUUACUUUAACUGGAAAAUGUAAUUCAGCACAAUAGAUUGAAAUGACGUCAAACUUUGAAAAAUGGACUGUCCGUUCGAAUUUGCCAUACAGAACUAUAUAUACAGCAGAAAGCACGAUCAAAAGUCGGCUAAUUUUUCACGCUAGAUUAUUGUUGUCAUCAGAUCUCGCGGAGUGGCGGCGGUCGCCUCCUGUGUAUGUAGUUGCUUAUAUCGCUUAAUGGAAUCUGAAAAUUCAAAUCAAAUGGAAGCCAACACGGACGGAAUUCAGUUUUUCAUCUUGAAAUGAAAU